AUGCAAUAUUUCGGAUCUUUUCAACCGCAAUAUCCAUCCGAUUUCGCUAGCUACAAUCCCUCAGCCCAAUAUCUAUAUCCAGCUUCAACCCAUCCGCAAUUCGCUACAAGUGAGUCGUUUUUUUCAUACAUACAUAAUUAUGCCUCUUUUUAAUUAUUCUCGCAUUCCUCAACUUAUUAUGUCUACAUAUAAUAAUAAAGAAUAGGAAAAUAAUUCGGAAAAACAUAAUUUGUGGGAACGAAUAAAAAAACCCUAGGUAAACUGGUUUACAGUACUCUUACGCAACAUUUUUCUUACACCUACUCGGCCGCAAAACUAUUGUUGAAUUACAUAGAUAAACAAACAUCGUUUCCCCAUAAUCUACAGUAAUCUAGAAUACUGUGGGGGACAACAAGAAAAAUAAAAAAACCUAGAAUCAGUGGGACCACUAGUACUCCUGUCAACACGAUGUUUUGACAAGUGUUAGCACACAUUAUUGGCACCAAUAUUUGUACAAGUUGGUAAAUAUAAUGGUCCCCAAUGAAGAAAGACAAUAGUCAUGCAGGAAAUUGGCAAUUCUAAAUCUAAUUGACCAACCAACUUACUGAAAAUAAAUAUUAAUCUUUUAAUAUUUGCAGAAUUCUCGGUGAACCGAUUUGGCAAUGGAAAUCAGUUGAGUAUUGGAUUGACGACUACGCCGCAGAAUAUUAUGGGAAUCAGUGUGGGAAGACGGAAGAGACGAGUUCUAUUCUCACCACAGCAGGUAACUAACUUUUUUGAAAAAUAAAAAAAAAAAGUUUGCCUGGGGGUGGACUCGAACCCAGCACCUUCUGAGGCAAAGGCAAAAGUGCUAACGACUACACCACGCGGGGAUUUGAUUUUUCCGGUGUUUUUUGCUAAUAAGAAUUCGUUGCGUUGUGAGAAGACCCAAAAAAUUCAAAAUUUCAGGUCAACGAGCUCGAACGUCGUUUCCGUGCCAGUAAAUAUUUGAGUGCUCAAGAUCGAGAAGUGCUUGCCCGCUCAAUCAGUCUCACACCAACUCAGGUACCUUAUUUUUUUUCCUUGGCUUAAAAUUGUCCCCCCUCCCUACAGUAAUCAAAAAUUACCCCUCAUUAAAAAGCGCGCAUUUUUUGUCCGCAGAAUAAUUUCAUCUAAUUUGCCAAUGUUUCAUUUUUUUUCAGGUGAAAAUCUGGUUUCAAAAUCAACGCUACAAGCAUAAACGACAAGAAAAAGAGCGUCGAAUGGACGGAAAUGGAAAAUAUGUGGAUUCGGAUGAUGGGGGAAGCGAAUCACCGAUUUCGCACGGAAGUGGAGCGUGUAGCCCGAGUUUUAAUCGAAUGAAAAUCGAGAAAGAUGAUGAGGAGAAGCCGUGUCACGUUUUCACGAGUCCAGUUACAAAUGAUGCCGCAUGUUUGCCAGAUUUAUCACAACAAUCAUUCCCCUAUCAGGUAUGUGAGCAAUAAGGGGAAUACUGUAGUGUAGCGGCGGAUAAUAGGAUUAGAGAUUCACACCACUUGAGGAUGAGAAAAAUUGAAUUUUACUCUUUCUCUGUUUUCUGUCACCUGGCUCAGCAGAUGUUGUUUUUCAUUUUUGAAAAAGGGAUUUUUGCUCUAGGCUUUGCUUGCCCCCUUCGAAGUUUCCGGACCAUAUUCCAAAUAUUUCAGGUCUACCCUCAAAACACCUACAUGCCUCAAGGAUUCGCAUUCGCCUACCCAACACCAGCCACCUAUCCACCUCCACAAUGUUUCGGAAACUUUCAGCGACUUUGA